AUGUCCGGUCCGGUCCCAGCAGAAGACUCGCUGGAGACUUCUGGGACCGCGAGGCGCCCCGGACAUCCGGAGCUCUUCCAACCAGUAUCAACCGCGAACGUAACAGCGCCAACGCCGACAUCCAUUGUUGUUUCUGGAUCUCAUCUCCCUUCGGGGCCCGCGGGCGCUGGAGCUGUCUCGGAACCGGUGGUGCAGCGCAUAGUUUCCGCGCCCGGGGAGGAAGUGAUACGGCAGUCGCUCAGUGUUAGCGAUGCAUUCUCUUCGACACGACUCCCACCGUCGCUCGGAGCUCAACCUUUAUCGCAAUCUUCGGCGGUUGCCUACGCCCCGCCUUCGUUCGGAUCGUCGCCCCCGGAUGCCUCUACCCGACCACUACCACAAAAGCCAACGAGACGCACAAAAGCGCAUGUCGCAUCAGCGUGCGCUACAUGUGUAGAUGUCACACAUAAGAAGCGAGGGCGACCGCCGCUGAAGGCGGAAGAAGCAUCCCUCAGAACGUAUGCCGCACACCUGGAUCGGGCAACUGCCGGGGAACCUCAUGGCUCUCAAUCGAGACGGACACACAUGCAUCGAGCAACUUCCUCGCGGGAAAUACGCCCCGUGACAGAUUUGCAAAUGAUGGGAGGUCAAGCAGGAGCAACGGCCAUGAGGGCCUCGUCAGGACAUCCGCACCGGUGGUCUGCUUCGAUGUAUUCCCAUGCCCUGGAUCCUGCCAUGACAAUGCAAAGAAGCAUCGGUCAUCGGAGAUUCUCCUCCUCUGGUUCAGUUCACUCGAUGACGGCAACAUCGCCGCCCACCUAUGUGCCGAUGCCUGCCGGGUACAAUCCCGCGUUGGGAAUGGGUCGCAUGCCUACGGGAGCUGGAAGGCAUCUGUCCUCUUAUACCCAGCAAGCCUUGAAUCCUGCUACGACCCCGCCGCAAUACCAACAACAAUUUAUUCCGAUGUCGCCUUACGCGGAGGCCACGAGGAUGGCAAAUCGAAUGCCGAUGGGGGAAAUGCCAGUAGGAAGGGAUCUUCGUGAAGGGUACGGCGAAUCGCCGGUCAGGCUUCCCCCGAUCUAUGCGCCGACGAUGGGAACACCGGCUCAUGUGUCGCAAGGCCAUCGCUUAAGCAGUGACCCAUACCCUGCAGUUUGGUCGUCGCCCAUGCGAGAGGACUACUUGUCACAAGAACAUCGACAACAUAUGCCACCGCACGGAUAUAUCGAGCCGAUCUCGCCGGACAGCCAGAUGCGUCCGGGAGGAUCCGAUUCAGCAUACGUCGAUCCAGCAUUGCGACACUUGGGAUCCAUGGUUCCUGGUACAGAAGGGCAAUCGCUACAUCUGUCCCCUUCGCAAGCUCAAACGGAGCAAUCUGCGGCUGAAGCUCAUUCACAAGAUUCAAGGCCAGCCAAGCGGAGAAAAAUGGCUUUGGAUGAUAUGGUCAAUGACUAA